CGGCGGGACAGCAGCGGCCCAGUGCGAGGCGAGGCGCGCGGGAGAGUGCGAGCGGAAGACGACGCGCCUGCGCAGUGUCCAGGCCCCCCCGAGCCCGCGGCCCCGAGCCAGCCGGGACGGACAUGCGCGAGAGGGCGCCGCGGGCAGCCGCCGCUCCCCCGGGGGAAUGAAAGCUACUGGUUGACUUCAAACCCUGGGCUUCACAGCCUUGGAGACAUCCCAGAAUAAGGCACAAUGUCCACAGCAGGAGUUGCUGCUCAGGAGAUUCGAGUCCCAUUAAAGCCGGGAUUUCUGCACAAUGGCCAGGCCCUGGGGAAUAGGAAGACCUGCUGGGGCAGUCGCAGUGAGUUUGAAAAUACCUUCCUAAACAUCGACCCCAUCAGCAUGGCCUACAGUCUGAACUCGCGGGCUCCGGAGCCCCUGCCACCUGUCAGGCACGCCACACAGCCUGCAGCGAUGAAUGGCCAGCACUUUGCAGAAACGGGGCCCUCCCACAAGCCCGGCCUGCCCCCUCUCAUCAUUCCCUCAGGUGACAGCCUGCGACAGGGUGAAGAGGAUCAAGUUGUGUGUGGCUUUAAGAAACUCGCGGUGAACGGGGCCUGCACCUCCACUCCCCCACUUACCCCGAUAAAGACCUGCCCUUCCUCGCUUUUCCCCUGUGAACGAGGCUCCAGGCCCCUGCCUCCGCUGCCCAUCUCCGAAGCCCUCUCUCUGGAUGAGGCAGACUGCGAGGUGGAAUUCCUGACCAGCUCCGACACAGACUUCCUCUUGGAAGACUGCAUGCUUUCCGAUUUCAGAUAUGACCUUCCUGGCAGGCGAAGCUUCCGUGGGUGUGGACAGAUCAACUAUGCAUAUUUUGACACCCCCAGUGUUUCCGCAGCGGACCUCAGCUUCGAGUCCGACGAGAACGGAGGGCCCCCCAGUCCCAACCCUCCUCCUGCUCAGACCCACCGCCGGCUGAGGAGGUCUCACUCGGGCCCUGCUGGCUCCUUCAACAAGCCGGCCAUCCGCAUAGCCAGCUACACACACAGAGCCUCACCCAACUCUGAUGAAGACAAGCCUGAGGUCCCCCCCAGGGUCCCCAUCCCUCCCCGGCCAGUGAAGCCAGAUUACAGAAGGUGGUCUGCAGAAGUGACUUCCAGCACCUACAGUGACGAGGACAGGCCUCCCAAAGUGCCCCCAAGAGAACCUCUGUCCCGGAGCAACUCCCGCACACCGAGCCCCAAAAGCCUUCCGUCUUACCUCAACGGGGUCAUGCCCCCGACCCAGAGCUUUGCCCCAGACCCCAAGUACGUCAGCAGCAAGGCCCUGCAGAGACAGACCAGCGAGGGCUCCACCAACAAGGUUCCCUGCAUCCUCCCCAUCAUUGAGAAUGGGAAGAAGGUGAGCUCGACGCAUUAUUACCUGCUGCCCGAGAGGCCACCGUACCUGGACAAGUAUGAGAAGUUCUUUAGGGAAGUGGAAGAAACAAACCCGAGCGCCCAAAUCCAGCCGUUCCCUGCUGACUGCGGUGAGGCGUCGGCCACAGAAAAGAUGGACUGUAAGACAGUAGCCGACCUGGGGGCCCACACGAAGCGCAAACACUUAUCCCACGUGGUUUCUCCCUAGACUUGGGGGUCGCGGUGCCGAGGAAGUGACACAGGAGCAGGUGGUUCUCCAUUUUCCAGUUGGACUGAGGUCCACAGAACAAUCUGUCAGAUGGCAAAACACAACAGUUGAACUCUGUUAAAGAACACAGAGAAGCGAGCAGUUGUGAGGUGCUGUUAUGCCAAGAGUCCCGGAUUUGUCAGUGUUGGAGGGAAUGUCCAUUCAGAGAUGUGGCAGUGGGGAGGGGAGGACGGGGAAGCUUUUACAUAGCUACGCUGUAUGCCUACAGAUAAACUUGUGGUGUAACCAUAGACCAUAGCUGCAGGUUAACUGAUUAGUUACUGUCUUAGAGUAAUAUAUAUUCAGAAGAAUAAAAAGCCAAGCCGGAGCACUGGCUGAUGACAGACUGGAGAUUGAGCAAAUGGAAGAAAAAAGCAGUAUUCUUUAGAUCAGAAUCAUUCAAAAAAAAUUGUUCUUGUUUAGUAAGUUUGAAGAUUUCCGGCUCUUAGGCCUGCUGGAUGUGUUCAUUUAUUUUUGCAAGUAGUCUUCAUGGAAGGCAGGGCACGCGUUCUUGACCAUGUCUAUACCUGCCUCGUUUCAAAGCCAUCCCAAGACUUCGUACUUCCAGGCUCUUUGUCUUCUGUCUCGUUGAGCGGAGGGAUAGCAGUUUAUUCGGCAGCCGUAUCACCACUCUACACGUCUCACAUCUUGAACAAAGAAAGCUAAGCGAAUCCACCACUACUGCUCCUUACAGCUCCCGCUGAUGGCGCAGGGGAGUGGCCCGUGGCAGUGUGGCCCGGGCAGUGGGUGCUGCCCGAGUCGGGGCACAGGCGCCUGCCCCGGCUCCAGGGUCCCUGCUGCAGAGGGGAGCGCUCAGCGGUGACUGCGCGUGACUGUGUGGGGAUGCGUGUUGUGUUCUGUUAUUGUUUUUUUAGACUGUAUUAAUAAACAAAUACAACACAAGCUGGCCUUGUGUUGCUGGUUCCUAUUCAGUAUUUCCUGGGGGUUGUUUGCUUUUUAAGUGAAACACUGACCAGUAGCACGCUGUGUCUUACUGCCAGAUGUCCCGUCUGCGGCUUCCUGCGCGAGCCCUCGGUGGUCGCUUCACUGCCGCUGGGCCCAGGGGGACAGACGCACACCCACCUUUGCUCCCCGUCACGGGCUCUGCUGCGUUUAUCUGGUCCUGACAAGCGCGAGAGAAGGCCUCGCUAACCGCCGGACCUGACUGCGAUGUGCUCCUAACAGAUAAACAAGCUGUUUACAGUUUAAACUGCUGAAUGAUAUUAUUUGAGCUAUUUAAAGCUUAUAUUUUAGUAUCAACUAAAUGAAGGUUAAAACAUGCUUUAGAAAAAUGCACUGAUUUCUGCAUUAUGUGUACAGUAUUGGACAAAGGAUUUAUUCAUUUUGUUGCAUUAUUUUGAAUAUUGUCUUUUCAUUUUAAUAAAGUUAUAAUACUUAUUUAUGACACCAUCAA